CGAAAAUCUCGGUAACACAGAGUUCAGUUUUGUAAUGAAAAACUAGUGAUAUUACAAAAUAGCAAAUUUGUUAAGAAAGUUAAUAAUUUAAAAUUCAAACAGUAUUCACACGGUUAUCAAGUUGCAGAAUACCGCUGCAGCCAACGAACUACGAAAGUGAUUAUUCUCCGUCUACGCCAUUACCUACCAAAAUUGAUUUCUCUACCAUAUAAUUUUCUGCUCAGUCUUUGUAAAGGUAAUGUAUUACAGAAAUCUUUUUAUGAUACCUACCGGUUCAAAAUAUAUAUUAAUUGUGUGUAUUUUUUUUAACUUGCCUCAAGGGAUAAAUGUAAUUUCCCGCACGAGUCUUAGUAGAUUAAAAUCAGCCAUUGAUAUACUUAUGUUAGUUCGGACACGAAAAAAAAUACACCAGUGUAUAAGUUCCGAAAUUAAUAAAAUACACCUAUAAUAUGGAAAUUCCUACACGAAUAAGAAUUAUACCGAAUAUAGAAUUCUUUCUAUUAUAUGUAUUUAAGCACAUCCACGUACAUAUAUUUUUUGUAGCAGUGUUUUUCUUAGAAUGUAUAAUUAUUUUUGUUUAAAAUAAUUUUUUCAUUUUUGCUAAAAAAAUAAGUGAUUACAUUAAUUUUUUCUGAAAUCAAUAAUAUGGAUUGUCCAUACUCUUUAUUAUACCUGAUAAUAUUUAAUAGUAGUAGUCCGUACAGUAUAGGAAAUGAUGUAUUUAAUCUUAUUACUGUGAUUUAUUAGAAAGUGACUUAUCAGAAAACAGGUACCCAGGUUCUAUAAAUGAAAUAUAUGUAUUUGUAUACUUUUGUUUAUGGUUGUUUGAUCAUGAAAUGCUAGUUUUAAUAAUUUUUUCAUAUUGAUUUAUUUCUGUUAAAGUAUAUUUUUUUUUUUUUGGACUUAAAUAUGUAUCCUCUUACCUGUUAUACUUACCAAACUUCGUCUUGAGACAUAGUUCAACAAUCUUGUACAGUUAUAAACUCUUUCUUUUGUAUUGCUCUUAACGUAAUUGUACUCUACUUUGACUGUGAUAUGAUGAUAUGAUACAAUUUUACAAUUGCGAUAAUUUUCAAUUUUUUAUUAGGUGUUUCCUGUAAUUUUUCUUUUUAUCGAAAUACCAACUACUAUAACAAUAUCUAUAACAAUAUUAUAAAGUAGUUUUCGCCAGUUUUAGGGGUCCAGACCUUUGGACCCCCUCUCCCCAGACACUGAUAUAAUCUCAAUAAAAUUUCACCUAAAAACAGAUAUCUAUUGAAAAUUAUACCUAGAGUAAGGCUCUCCUGUCUUUUCAGUACUCUGCCUAGAAAAUUGCUGAAAAUCCAACACUGGAUAUAGCAAGUACCUUAAGUAUAUUUUUUUUGCCAUUAAUUUUUUAAUAUUUUUAAAUUAUCCAUAACUACAAAAAAUAGAUAUAUACCUAUUCUUCUAUAAUGAUAUGUUGUAAUUUUUAACUAACAUUUUCAUUAUCAAUUAUCAAAGGAUAAUUAUUAUAGAAAGGUAAUAGUUAACUAAUGUGGACUGUGAAGGAAAUAUUAAUUUGUUGUAUCAACAAAUUAUAAAAAUCUUAAUAUACUAUAAUAAACUUGUGUUCAUGUAUAAUCUAUAAGUUACCAGUUGUUUUUUUGUGUGUACUUUUAUCAAAUUUCUAGGCUAUUCAAAUCAUUAUUUUUUUUUUAUAACUCAAUAGAUCAGGAAUUUAGCGUAUUAAUUUUUUUCUCAAUAUUAAAAUCCACAUUUUUAUGUAAUCAUACUCAAAUAAAAAUUCACUAGCCUAAUUUGAAGAAUUUUGUUCUUUUUCUAAUUCAUAAUAUUAUUAUAAAUACUUUAUAUAGAAAAUAUACCUAGUAUUUGAUAUGACUUAAUCUCAGUUUCACAACCCAAUGGGUAAGUUUGGUGAAAAAACAAAUUAUUUAAUGUUAAAAAUGUUUAAGUACCUAAGUAGGUAUAAUUUAGGUAUAAAGUAUAAUAACUAUUACUUUAACACGAAAAGUAUUCUAAUAAUAAAUAACUUUAUUAAAAGGACCUUUUACCUUCAUCUACUGUCUAACUAAUGAGUAACAUGCAAAAUUACGCGGAAUAAUUAAAACUAGCUUAGUUUUGAUUUUAGAGUAAAAGUACCAAUUAUGAAAUUUAUAGAGAAUAAUGUUUUGGAAGGAAUGUCUUAGGGUUCUGGUAUUAUUCAAAAUAUACAGCUCGAUAUCUCUAUAGUUUCUAUCCAUAGAUUGGUUUGCAGCCAUAAUAUAGCCACAGAUAAUUUGAAAAAUAAUUGUUGAGGGCCAUAUAUUUUAGGAGUUGAGCAAAAAUAAAAUUGUUUGACCUCUAAUUUGUGUUCUAUCUUAAUUAACACCCUUAGUAAAAAAAUAAAUUUAUUUAUUUUUGUAUAAAAAACAAAACUAAUGUAUAAUAUUAUUUAAUUAUUUAAUAGAAAAGAAUAUAUAUAGUGGUCUCUGGAUAAUUCAAACUUUUAAUGAUUCGAAACUUUUGGUAAUUCAAAGUAAAUGCUCGGUCUCUUUAAAAUCUUUCACAUAAAUUUGAAUAAAAACAAUUCAUUUAAGGGCACUGGGUAAUUCAAAAUUAAAUUUCAGGAAAACUGGCUAUUAACACGUGACAAUUUGAAGUUUCAUAUCUUCAAGGCUUGGCAAUUUGAAAUAUAUUUACCAAAUUUAUUUCUUAUAAUAUUUUCAUUAUUUUAUUAUUAAUUAUUAUUUUCGAAAACUAUAAAAUUAUAGCAUUUUAUUUCUUAACUGUCUCUCUUAUUGUAUUUUAACUUGUUGAAAGCCAACUGUAAUUUUAUUUUAGUUUUUAGUUUCGUUUUGUUGGUUGUAAAGUAAAGUUCUAUAAUAAUUUUAUAUUUACAUUUUAAAAACAGUAAAUACUGUAGUACCACAUAAUUUGCUAUUAUAUUAAAAAAAUAUAUAUAUAUAUAAAUAAUUUCCUACUCUGUUUACAGUGAUUAUGACGAAACAAGAAACCCAGUUGACUAAUAAUCAACUAAGGAACCAAUCUUUGUUUCAUACAAAUUUAAAUAGGAUUCAUAAUGACCUUCAGAGGGUGAAUGAAUACUAUAUUCCUAAAUAUGAUCAUCAAGUCAACAAUGGACAACAAAGUAACAUAGAAAACAUAGGACACAAAGUACCAAAAUUUCUGGAAAAUCAAAAAAAAAAACCCCCCAUUAAUUUCUAUAUUGAAUUAUACAGAAUUACAAUGAACGAAAUUGAAUUAACAAGAAAAACUCAAGUACAACAAAUAUUAAACAAAAAAGUAAAUGUCUGGGAACAAAAACGAAAAGAUUGUACCAUAGGCGCUCUGUCAAAUUUAAGUAUGAAAUCAAUUCAUCCAACAAUUAAUGAACCAAAAAAAUAUGAAAGUGAUGAUAUGACAACAAAAUUGAUUGGUAUAAAUAAUGAUAAAAAAGAAAAUAACUCAGAAAUUGAAAAUUUUACAUUUAAAAUUAAUGUGAAUAGAGAAUUAAAUAGCGAUUUAAAAAAUAAUUAUCCUAAUAUCAAUAAUAAAUUAAAUAAUAUAAAAACCGAAUUGACCAUUUCUCCGUUCAACAUAAAUGAAAGUUUAUCCACAUUUAAGUUUAAAAUGUGUACACAUACUACCAGUACAGAUAUCUCAAAUUUUUCUUUCAAAAAUGAUUACAAUAAAUGUAAAGAAAUUAAGCUCAUUACCACCUAUAAAUUUGAAGAUGAAUAUAGACAUAUUUUAGAAAAUCAUCUUGCUAUACAAAAAUAUUUGAGAAAGUAUGAAGAUUUAUAUUUUCUUUUUCUUGGUGAUGAUAACCUUAAAAAUUUAAGACAAGAACUAAUUAAAGCAAUUAAUACACCAGUGAAUAGUAUAUCUUCAGCCUCUUCAUGGCACAUGAGGGACAAAUUUGAUAAACUACAUGCAUUAUUAAUGUGUAAAACUGUAACAACUGGUAAUUCUUCUGUGUCAGUAAACAGUCAUCCACAUGCAUUAACAUUUUGUAAAGAUACACUUGCAAAAAAAAUUAUAAAAAUUGGAGAACAUGUUGUCAGUGUAAAAACAGGAACUGCUUUUGAUGUAGCAUCAAUUGUUGUAGAACUUUGGCAAAUGUAUCCAGAUUUUGGUAUAUUAUUAUAUGCUAGAUUUAAACAAAACUGUCCUUGUCUUAUACCACACAAUGCUACAAGAACUAUUGGAGAAUCUGAUGAGAAGUAUUAUAAAUCAUUAGGUUAUAGUUAUACAGAUGGUGUUGUUGAAAAACAAGAUAAAUAUGUAAUAAGAAUGACUGGUAUCAUAAGAUUAUUUGCUUCUAUAAUAGUGACCAAAACUAAGAGUGGCAAAGCAUUAGGUAUUGCCCAAGCCUGGAUAAUCAUUACAGCAACAUUAAAUCUAGUUCCUCAAUUAGACAUUACAGCUAUUUUAUUACAUGAAAUGUUAGUAAUUACUGGUUAUCAUCUCAAAAAAGCUUAUAGUAGACAAUUUAUGAAAAUCAUACAAUAUAUUGAUACUAACUAUAUGAAAAAGAUUGAUGAAGUCACUCCAAUUGAUUGUGUUGGUCCAGUACAAAGAUUGAGAACAUUAAUAUCCAAAAUUAUUGAGUUAGGUUAUGUCAAUAAGCCCAAAGGUAUAUUGCCUUAUAAUUUUUGGUGAACACAG